AACAGAGAAGUAGAUUUUUUUUUCUAUUUUUUAUUUCUGAUUCAAAUCUAUUCCCUGGCCAAUGAUCUGUUCCCGAGAACAGAAAAAUGCACUGCUCAAUGUCAAUAUCUCCUAAUUUUGUUCGACUUGGCUCCACUAAUUCCCUUCUAAUUGUUGCCGAUGAUCCAACUGUUUUGCCCUCUGCUCUUGAUCAAAUUGCUUUGCUGGAAAAUCAGCUGCCAACACCAUAGCAUAUUAAGUGAUUAUUUAUCGUUAAGGGACCACAUGAGCCUAAUCAUUUGAGCACUUGAUCCUUGAACUAGUCAAUUCACUACAGAAAAUUCCAUGAAUUGAAGGAGCCUGAUACUAGUCAUUUAUACAUUAUCUGAAACAUACAAAGUGUAAUUAAUUUUUCUAAGGUUAUUUAUGUACGUUUACCUUUCGGUGACAAAGAGGUUCAUGUAGACGUGAGUUCAGAGGGCACAACUACUAACAAAGCUUCCCAGGACAGUCUCGAACUAACUGAAGAGGUUCCUGCAGACGUGAGUUUAGAAGGCAUGGAAACUGUUAAAGCUUCUUCUCAAGACUGUCUUGGAACAACUGAAGGGGCAGACAAAGAAGGGUGUUUAGAAGACACAACAGUUGAUGAAGAUUUCCUAGACCUUUUUGGACUUUUGAAACACUACAGGAGGACAGCGGAUCAAUCAGAAACUAGAGACCGGCCAACGGUGAAGGUCAAUGAAGAAUAUCGAGAAUUGUUUAGUGCCACGGUGAGAGGUCAUUGGAAAAGUGUCAAUGAAAUCUUGCUUAAAGAUAGCAAAGCAAUGGCGGCUGGAGUUAUGACUAUAGAAGGUCAAUCUGUUACUGUGCUCGAUAUUGCUGUUGUUGCCGCACAAGAUCAAUUAGUCGAGAAGCUGGUCAAGUCCAUGCAUCUAAAUAAUGAGAAUGGUAUUUUGGAGAGGGCCCUCUGCAAUGCUGCCCAGGGAGGAAGAAUAAGGAUAGUAGAGGCAUUAGUAGACAAAAUUAGUGAUGAAUCUACAAUUUCCCGUGCCCUAUCAACGGCUGUUUCUUGGGCUCCCACACAAAAGGAGGUCAUAUGGUACCUGGCCGGGCGUACCUCCCCUGCAUCCACCCCUGAUGUGAGCAGCCUUAUUAUGGCUGGCCAUUUGGACAUAGCCUGGUAUUUAACUUGGCGACGCCGCCAGUCACCAACAAACGGGGAAACGGAACUCGAUAGACAACUGGGAAAUUUGGUGUCUAUGAUGUCUUACUUCCACAGUAGAGCCACACUCAGUUUUUGGGAAAAGUCUAUCUCCAAAUGUAUCCCUCAAUUCUUGAUCCACACACCAUUUGCAACCUCCAAAGCCAUGGAUCGAGUACCUGUCAUCAAAAGGAUAGUAGAUACAAAGUUGAGGCAUCAAUGGUCUUCUGCAUUUGGACAUCUAGCUCUUUCCGAGAAGAUGAUUAGCGAGGAAGCUCCCAAAACACUUGAGUUUUUAUUGACUUCAGGCAUUGUUCUUGACGCUGCAUCUCGCGGAAUCUCUGAAUUUGUCGAGUUAUGUCUCAGAUAUUUUCCGGAGUUGAUGUGGGAAAAGAAUUUCACAAAAGAACUAAUAAAGGAAGUUGUGAAGGGACGUCAUGUCGAGUUGUUUAGACUAGUAAAUGCAUACAACAUAACUCCGUAUUUGACCGAUGAUAAGCAGACGAGAUGCGAGCUGAUGGAGGCAGUAGUAGAAUGGUCACCAGGAGGUAUAACGGCGGAUGUUUCUGGAGCAGCUUUUUUGACACAAAGGGAACUUCAAUGGUUUAAGGUAGUGGAAGAUAGGAGUCAUCCUUCUUUAAAAAGUAUGAAAUUUAAGGUACUGAAUGAAGAUUGCAGCGAUCCUUCUUUUAAGAGCCUGAAAUUGGAGGAAACAAAAAAAAGGACAGGGAAAACAUAUUGGGAAGUUUUUGUUGCACAACGCCAAGAUUUGCUCAAAGAAGCCAGACAAUGGAUGAAAGAUAUGUCGUCAUCUUGUAGCCUAGUCGCGACUCUCAUCAUUACGGUCGCUUUCGCUGCAGCUUUUACCGUACCUGGAGGCAAUGACAGCAGUACGGGGAUCCCGAUCUUUUUGCAGAGGGGUUCAUUCAUUGUAUUCGCAAUUGCAGAUGCUCUCGCUCUCUUCUCCUCUGUCACCGCCACUUUGAUGUUCUUGGCUAUCAUAACUUCACGCUAUGCAAUCGACGAUUUCCUCCGCUCGCUACCAAGGAAAAUGAUACUGGGACUCACUUUUCUCUUCCUCUCUUUGGCCUUUAUGCUGGUGGCGUUCGGCUCUGCUCUUACAAUCGUCUUGAGUGAACGACUGAAGUGGAUUUAUAUCCCAAUUACUUUGCUGGCUGCCUUACCUGUCAUACUGUUCGCAAUCCUACAGCUUCCCUUGUAUUUUGAGAUGGUCGAAUCCACCUAUUGGCCUCCUCUCUACAGACCCAAGAAGCUUUGGAAAUGAUACAUGCUAUUAUUGGAUAAGGAGACCCAUGAAGAUUUGGAAAUGAUCUCUGCUAUUAUUGGACAAGGACAAGUGAUUACGUAUCUGUUUGCAUUUGUUAACGUGUGUAAUGCGAAUAUCAUGGUGUUUACUCAUAUUAAAGACUUGAAGUGUAACAUCAGCCAUACUUAUACUAAUGGUUAAUGUCCGCUUCACUUGUACA